AAUAACAACACCGAUCUAAGUACACCUAAAUAGGCGUAGUAAGCAACCCGGCAGGCUUCUCUAUUACGCCUCUAGCACAUUUCCGACUGGUGUCUAUGAGAAUCAUAUCCUAGAAUACUCGAGAAUAUCCCGUUCAAAUCUCAAUUUCGCAGCUUAUACAGCAUCCCUGUCAUCCAUGAAUUCACUUUCUUCACUUGUCUUCCCAUAUGAACGGUCGGGUCACGGUGACAUAUCCUUGAACAAGGUGGUAUUCUUGGAUCAUCAAGAUACUAGUCGCUUGACGAUCACAUUGAAAGAAGGUAAAGAUGUCGAUAGUGUCGAAUUGACAGGCCAAAACAAUAAGCCCAAACCAGUGAGUUACAUUGAUAACCCCCAAUUGAACCCACAAACCCCUUUACUAGUCCGAAUUCCUUCCGCCAACACCAAAUUGAAAAUCAGCGUAUCCAUCCGUCCUACAAAAGAAAAUCAACACAAAUCUUUAGUGUUAGUCAAAUCGUACUCGAAGAAUGAUGAUGUCGAGAAUCAUCGAAGGAAAUUAAAGGUAGACCAAAUGGAGGCUCCAAAAAUCUCAAGGAAUGCAGCAGAAUCCGGGAACCAUCCAGAAAAACAGUUAGGAGAUCUCGAGAGGGUAAGCUCGGUCGAAACUGCCAUAGUCGAGGAUGACUUGAAUGACUUGCAGAUUUCAAAAAUAGAGUAUGCCCUGCUACCCAUCGAGCAUAGCGACAAUAGAAUACAGAAAAUUAUUAUUAAUGAUACGUUUAGACACGAGACCCCUAAAGAUUCCGUGUUGAACUUAUUUGUAUGGGAGUACGAUGACAACACAAAGGAUUACCAGUUUCUAUUCAAAUUCAAUGUAUGGAUAGAUGAAGUGACAUACAGUAUUCCAACCUUUCCUAACUCUGAACUGGAGUCUGCUACAACGUCCACGUCACAAAUAUCUCCACCAGGUAAAGACUCACACAAGAUUCCCGGUAAACCAAAGUCCAAACCUCUCAAACUUUCUGACCUCAAAAAGAGCUUUCAUUUGAUAAUUGAGGAUGGUCCUGAGUUCAGAAAUAGCUUGAAAGCUUAUGAAGGAAAUGUGUCCCCAUUCAAGAAGGUGUGCCAAAACUUGCUAGACGAACUUAGAGGUCUAGACCACACAUUGAAAAGACUUCUUACUUUUAAAGCCAAGGUUGUCGAGCUUAUAUAUUCAUUGACAGAUCUACUGUUCAACCCAAUACUUAGAUCUUUAGGAUUCCCAACCCAAUUUCAGAGUAAGUUGAACAAGAUCAUUGAACCUUUCGAGAAGAACUUGAAAUUUCUUCUUCGUGAUGUAUUUGAUCUCAAGUUGAUCCAAAAAUUAUGCCAAAUUGCAACUUCCUUUGAAGGUGCCUCAGCUUCAGCUUCCACAAACUCUGCUUCUUCUUCAUCAUCUUCCUCAGAAUUAACUCAUUUGAAGAAGAAUUUUGAAGCCAACUCUAAAGAGUUUUAUUCAUGGUUGAAUAAAUAUCUUUCCAAUGAUAAGGAAAGAUCAAAAAUGAAGCUAUUACUGAAAAGAAAAGCAUUUGAGUUAUCAAAGUUUGAUUACUUGAAUCAACUUAAUCUGAUUACGAACAAUCAAUAUUUGAAUCAAUUACUUGAAAAGCUCUUCAAGUUUGUGAAUCUUGACUUUGAUGUUAAAAAGCCCACUCUUUUGAAUUUCAACGAGUAUAACGAUCUCAAGUUGAGUCAGAACUUAUUAACUGAACAAUAUGAAAUAUAUUUGAAUGUUUUGUUAAGAUUCAAUAGCGAAAAAUAUCAGUUGAGACAAAUGAUUGAAGCAAGUCAAUCCAACGAAGAGUUGACCAGAUCUAUUCGGUAUAAUAGGUUAAGUUAUAUCAGAGCAUUACAUGGGCAGAAGCAGAUUGGUGCAACUGAUGGAACAGAAUUGAGUUUGACACAAGAACCAAAAAUAACAGACAUAACAGACUAUAUGGCAUACGAGUCAAAUUAUUCUGGUAUGGAAAAUAGCUCCCCAUCCCUUGAUUUUGAAAUUGACGAAAAUACAGAAAUUACGAAGGAAAACCUCGACAUGAUAUUCUCUUCUGGAUCUGACAAACCAAAUGAUACCAAGACCAUCUCACAAUCAGACCUAGAUCAGGGUUCUGAUAUUUCUGGAAUUCUCUAUACUUUGGGAGGCCAAGGGAAGCAAGGUUGGCAUAAAGAAUGGGUAGUAUUAGACAAGGGAAGGUUGAUUGAAUACUCAGAUUGGAGAAAGGGGACUUCGCCAAUUAACAAGCCCAUUGAAGUCGCUCUAUCUAACGUUAAGGCUUUAAAUUAUGAGAGAAGACAGAACUGUUUUGAGAUUAUGACUUCUUCGGGCCAUAAGCACGUUUUCCAAGCUAUCAACGAAGAUGAAAGAGAUAAGUGGAUGAAGGCACUUUAUAAUGCAGGUCAGGUGGUGAAUACCUCCAGAAUUGAAACUUAUUCUGGGAAAGAAACGAAGCCUGUAAAAGAACACACAGGUAAAAGUGGUUCGGUGAGAGUGAGUCUUAGACGUAAUGGAAAGCACAAUUUGAAAGUUGUAACAGAUUUCAAACCACCAAUAUUGAACCAGCAUGGAGAUAGGUCAGUGUCUCCAAUUUCAAUUUCGUCGCAAUCACCUUUUGAAAAGCAAGAUACUUACUACAACUUGGUAAGAGCAAUUCCCAACAGUGCUAAUCACUUAUGUGUGGAUUGUGGAUCGCUUGAAUCUGUCGAAUGGAUUUCCAUAAACUACUUUGUCUGUUUCUGUGUGAAGUGUGCAUCGUGCCACAGAAACUUGGGUUCACAUAUAUCAAAGAUCAGGUCUUUGAAGCUUGAUAAAUUUGACAAUGAAGUGAGGUUUUUAUUGAAGUACGUUAAUAACGCCCAGGCCAAUAGUUAUUUGGAAGGAGCAUUUACAAACCAAGGCAACGUUGCGACUCCAACAGGAACUCCAUUGACCACUCCAACUACUACCCCCACAUCACCAUUCACUGGAAAGACAAACAAGCCAGAUUCUUCGACCCCCUACGAGCAGAGACUAGAGUUCAUUCGUGAAAAGUACAUAUCAAAGGCAUUCAUCAGCAAAAUACCCGAGAUCAACACUGUGUUACUCAAGGCUGUUCAGAAAAUCAACAUUCAAGAGGUUUUGCGUACCAUUGCUUGUGGCGCAGACGUAAACCUUCAUUUACAGAUUCCUGCUAAUAGCAAGCAUGAGAGCCAACUUAUAUCGGUGCUCGAAUACUCGUUACGAAAAUUUGUCGAGAUCCACGAGGGUUCGUCUACAUUGGUCCCACGGAAGUUGUUUGUUAUCAGCGAGCUACUUAUUUUGAACGGGUGCAAGACAGACAACCUCUUGUUGAAUAAGGAGUUCUUGACACCAGAGGCAUUGGAGUACUGGAAGCAUAGAAGAAUCAGUUUGGGAGCUGAUGAUCCUGGGGUUUAGCGUUAGUUUUGCACGGUGGCUGAGUUAACGGUAAUGAUUAUAUUGAAUUAAUGAACAAGAUCUCUGAAUAGAUUGGGAUGUAGCAUCAGAUCACGGUGGAGUGCCGAGGCUCGCUCGGAUUGAAAUAAUGGUUAUUAUAAGUAAGACGGUAUUGUCCUGACCCCUGGAACCAUUCAUCAACUCUCUAGAUUUCGAGUUAGAUUGCUUAACUGAAUUCACUGUGAGCCUGGUUUGGGAAUUGGAGACUGACUAACAGGUUC